CGUUAAAUAGUUCAGCAAGGUGCCUGCGUGGAAAUUAAGUAAAUAAACUUUAUAAUCUUUAAACGCUUUGUUUGUCAGAAGACACAUUGGAAUAAUGGCAGCAUCACCGCCAGUGCGUAUGAAUUGGCAUCCAAAUAUGAAACAUACCGAAGUGGAGCGAUGGAUUUGCAUUUAUCCAGCCUAUAUUAAUAGCAAAAAGACCCGCCAGGAAGGCCGCCGACUUCCCAAAGAGAAUUGCGUUGAAAACCCCACCUAUGUUGAAAUUCGUGAUGUGCUCUCAGUGUCCAAUGUACAAUUUGUUGUGGAAAACAAACAGUACUGCCGCGAAAAGAGCAGGGAGCUGCAGUUCCGGGGUCGGGUGCGCGUGCAGCUACGCAACGCGGACGGCACAUUGUGCAAUAGCGAGUUCUCGACGCGUGAGUCUAUCAUGAGGCAUGUAGCCGGUAAAAUACCGCAACUGAAAACACGACAGAACAAAACAAACGACCCUCAGCCGCAGCCACAGUCGAGUGGGGCUGGAGCUGGUGGUGGUGGCGGUGGUGGCAAAAAGGGCAAGGGAAAGCGUCGAUGAAUCUGCAAACAUUUCAUUUUGAAAUCUGUUUAGUUGAUUUUUGUAAUAAAUUCUAUACAUUUUGCGCUAGCAAAA